GAAAUCUAAACUUUAGUUUGAGCCAAGACUUGCAAUAGCACUAUAGUAGUCGUUGUACAUAUAAUUGUAAUUAAAUACAGACAUACACCUACAAAAAUAUGUGAAUUCUGCAGAGAAAACAAUUGUAAAACAAAAGUGAUAUUCUUGUUAAAAAUGUGAAAAAUCAGAUCAGCAAAUCAAUAAAAACCAUGGAUGAUUCAAGGAGUAGGAGAAGUGUAGCAAGUCUAGGAGAUCUACAGAAGGAGUCAAGUUUAGAAGAUCAACCUCCUGAUAUAACACCUAUAGGAGGAGUUCCAAAUCUAAAGGGAAAGGUUCUAGUUCGACCAAUAGCAUUCCGACCUAGUCCUGGUAGACCAGGGUCCUCUGCAGGUCCCCAGGUCCCAGCCAGACCAGGGAGCAGUACUGGUCCCUCUCCUGGUCCCUUCAUCAGUAGACCAAACAGUCAAGGGUUUGCCCCCGGUCAUCCUCUGGUCAAGGAUGGUCCAAGACCAUUCGGAAGUUCACAGGAGCUGAGUAGAAAUCACCCACAGUCCCUGACCUCCUCAUUACUUAGUAAAUUUAGCUCUCUGGACCGCAGGAGUGUUCAGCAAAGGAGUUGCAGGGGCACUCUUCCCCAGGGGGGGAAUAGGGUCCCUUCAGGGGCACAAUCCUCACAACCUAUACAAACUAACGGACUUAGUCAAGAGCCAAACAGGGGAGUGAAGGAACCUGAAAGACGACAUUCUCUCUACGAUUCAAAUUCGAGAGGACAAUAUCCGACCCGCGGGACCUCAACCCCCUCCACCCCAGCCUCGAUAAACGUAAACGGCCUCCCUGACCCCAACCUAGUCCAGGGAUCCUCCACCUGGGCUCCAGGAACCCUAAAUGGUUCCAGAACCUCCCUGGAUCCUAGAUCUAGCGUGGAACCCAGGAACAUGGAACCAAGAACCAGGCACUCUGGAGCUGGAACCCCACAGUUCAGGAACCUGGCAGGGUUACAGUUCCAGACAAAUAGUUCCAGGUCGUCAUUAUCCAACCUUACCUCACAGAUUGUUUACAGUCUGCAGCGGAGUACGAGUGGAAAUAAUAUUAACGAAACUCAGAAUUCUCUUCAUCACCAUAUAGACUCUCCAUUCAAGGGUUCAACAUCAACUAUAGACCAAGACUAUAAUUCUACCCCAUCUCCGUCUGACAGUGCUGUGGGUGACCUAGAGACGGUUCUGAAGGAGAAGGAUAACGAGAUUGUGUUUCUCAGGGAAACUAUGGAACAAAACGAACAAGUGAUAUUUAAGGUGUAUGAAGAAAAAGAACGUGUUUGGGAACGUGAAAUACGGAAAAUAAAGGCUCUGUAUGACAGCAGGUAUUUUCAUAAAUGGUUUUUAGAAAUAAAAAAAAAUUAUUAUUAAGUCAAAGUAAAGGGGGGGGGGGUUCUUUUAGUCUUGGG